GAUCCUGAUCGGAAUUUUAAAGGUGGUCACCUACACCAACACCUGACCUCCUGAGACUAAUCACUCAUCGCGUGUUCUUCGACGGUAAAAUGGUCUCGUCCAAACACUGAGCGAGCUGAUGGUGCACUGGUGUCGGUCUAGAGGAAAUAUUGAGAUUGAUCACGAAAUUUCAAAUUUGCAAGCGGAAUAAAUUUUCCUCACGGUCGUAAAAUCACAAAGAAAAUGUUGAAAUUGUGAUGGUCCAGGCUCUUCAUCACUAGAACCCAUCGAAAUUUCUUUGUAUGCCCGCGCAGCUCUAAUAGUUUUCUCUUUCUCUCUGGCUGCCGUGGGAGUAUUCAUUGCAGAGCAUGAAUGAGGUUGACGCCUCGGACAAGUAUUAUCCAUGUCAAAAAUUUAAUCCGUUGAAUUUUCGUUUUGGUUAAUUUGCAGGACAGGAAUCCACGUCUUGCCGGACAGGAAUCUUGCACGCUUUAACAGGUUUUUUCUGUGCAGAAAAUCUUCUGAGCACGCAAGGCGACGAGAAAUACAAAUAUUGGCAAGCUCGCAGCUUUGUUUACAAAAAUUUAUCAGUUAUCACACCUGAUACAGAACUUUAACUUUUCUCACGGAAGUUACAGUUUUUUGGCCGCAACAGUACAAGCACUACCCAAGCAUUGUAUUUAGCUUUUCAUUUUGUAGAAGAAGUUUUUUCAUUCGAACCUCUCUGUGUAUAAACCUUCAUUUGCGCUUGCGGGCGGCGCACGAAGAAGUAGAAGUACAUAAGUUAUUUUAACCAACGGCCUCGAAGUGAGGAGCACGACCAAGAGUUUUAAGACACAGCUACUGUUGAGAUUGCAGGAGCGGACGAGGAACAAACACAAACAAGCACAACGAGCGUAGUAGUUCCUGGCGUUAAAAGCAGCACACUUUCGUUCCACUCAGAAGCAGAUUUACACCAGAAUAAAAUAGUACGAGCAACACGUUGUCCUUGUCCUCGUUUCUAUGCUAUCAAAAAUUUUACAAAAAAUAGCAAGCCGACUAACUAGUUAUAAUUUUUGACCGUGACAACGUAAUCACAAAGCGAAGAAAUUGAGAAGAAGUUUUCUUAUCCUUUUCGUGGUCCCUGCGCAAAAAUCCCAAUCGUGUCGUGGCUGGUUUGUCUUGGAAGCACGCCACCACUGCGGCCAGCACACACCCCGUUUUUCUCGUUCCGUAGAUAGGCACAGCUACAGCUUCCUAUUCUACUUUCUUUCAGCAUCAAGAAGCGCAAGCAGUAGAUAGUUGCGGAAAAGAAGAACAGCAAUCACGAUGACGCAACAGAAACCGGAGGACAGAAUAGCAAAGAGGCGGCUAAUCACGGCAGAGGAACUCGCAAAACACAACACGGAGGAGGACUGCUGGGUAAGACUGAAAAGCAAUUUUUACUCUAUUUUUCUGAAAUCGCAUCUUCAUCUGCAUGUGCAUGCUGAUACAAUAAAAGUAAACCUGUGACAACUACAUCACUCACGACGCUCCGCACGAUGGAUCGAAAGUUAAGUACUCUUGCGCAACAAUAGAAUGCAAACGAAAUAAAACAACUGACUAUCAGGUCGCAAUACACGGGCUGGUGAUCGACGUAAAUAAGGAAUUGAGAAAUGAACAUCCUGGCGGACCGGAGGUAACAGUCAUAGUUGCGCAGUUUAUUAUUUGAUGUAUAUGACGCAUAUCUAAUUUGCCUGAUCCGCCGAUGCAGGGUUUUGUCGCGAUAAAAUUUUCAAACGUGCUUGAUUACGAAAAAUCAGGUGAUCCUCGCGCUGGCCGGGAAGAAUGUCACGGACGAUUUUGAGGAUAUUGGGCAUUCCGACACAGCAAGAGAAUGGACCGACAGAUUAGUCAUCGGUAGAGUUUCUGUUCACGUGUUUUUUUUUUGCUUUCUGCAACGGAAGUUCUUCCAGGGCCGUGCUUACUGCUGUGCUCAGACCAUGUCCGCGCUUCUUUAGUUGGGGAUCGACAUAACUAUGCGUAUAUAUCAUAAUCCUCAGGUUACCUCGAGGAGGAGAAGAAAGAAGCACUGAUACCGCGCACAUCAGAACUCGAGGGCGGCGGUGGCGGCGGCGGAAUCGGCAUCGGGCCCAUUGUCAUACUCAUUAUCGCGCUCGUCAUCGGGUACUUUGUGUACAUGGGAAAUAGCGAAUGACAUAGACAUUAAUGCUUGCUCACCUUGAGAAGUUGUAGUGUUGUGUUGGUACAGAACAAGGCCAGAAUCGAUUACAAUUUUCCGAAAUAAAGUUCGUCACCACGACGACCAGCAUGAUCAACCAAUCAAAAAGUCAGACUUAUUUUGCUGAAAUGUGCUUACGGUCUGUUUCAGUAGACGAUCUUGAAGAAGCGCUCCUGUUCGCCGUUACUUAUUCCACCGAGGACGACGAGUCUGCAUCGUUUGACUUCACGACCUGAACGCACCCGUGUACAAGAUUUUUUUUGCGCCGCUGCUGCAGCGACCAGGUUCGUUUGUUUUCACUAUCUGGCAAGCAUAAUGUUGUUUGUGUUUGUCGUGUUUCCCUUUUUAUCAUAAAAUUUCCCUUGGCUUUGUUGUGUACUUGUUGGGUGUUGCAGUUUUUAGCCUUGAUCAUGUUGUAAUAAAUGAAGCUGCUGCAGCACCAGCUCCCCCUGCUAUCGUAUAGAAAGGGCUUUGAGUUUGAAGGUUUAGUUCCCGUGCGGUGGAAAAAGAAUGAUUUUUUCCUUCUACCUCUGCAGCUGCCUUCGCUUUUUUCCUGACAGAAAACAAAAUUGCAAGUCGGAAAUUAAUGGAUGCAUCGCCCAUACUACUAUGAAUCAAUGUAAGUCUACAACGUGGCCACUUAUCCACGCCGGAAUUGGCACUUGUUGUGUGCAGAUCUGAAGACUACAGAAGCUGCUGUCGGUCCACCCAUGAUGGUGUGCUACGAAUGCGAUAGUGUACAACUUAGACGAUGAACCAUUUUCGAGCCCGCUGCCGACGCAAGAACUGGGCGAGGAGACUAAAUUAGAUACAAGAUACAAUGAUAUAGAUUGUAGUUCUAGGCCCGCCACCAGAGCCAGUGAAGUGCUGAGUUGUAGUCGACUACUGCUCGCGAGUUACUUCUCCAGCGUGAAAGUAUUGCGAUUGAGAACAAAAGAACAACAACUUCGACACCAUGCGAGCCCAGUCGGGGCGCGGGCUGUUGGCGUCAGAGAAUUUGAAGCGGCAGAGAAGUACAACAUUGUUCAUCUGACUACAGGGGGCUCGCGUUCGUCAACAUAUUUGGAUUUCUCUGCAACUACCGCCUGAGUCGAUAGAGAUGUUAGUUCAUAAGAAAGUAUGCGCGCAAUUGUACUAUUCCCAAGCCACGCCCCAUGAUAUGAUCUAAGUGAUCAACUCAACCUUGCGCUGGAUUUCUGCG